AUGAAUCUUCUUGCUCUUGUCGCACAACAGUUGGAUGAACUGCUCGACAUUCGAUCCCUGGUGGAGACAAAGGCCCCCGGAGUCGCCGCCUGUGCUGCCCAAUUCUCCGCUCUCUCCAACUGGGCAGCCACUCUGCUGCUCGAACCACCCGAGUCGCAGAGGGAA